UUGUUACUUCUUCCGGGUGAACAUAAUUUUUUGUUUGCAUGACGUGAGAUUUGCGCAUGCUAAAUAUUUGGGACUAGCUGGCUUUUUCGCUAACUAAAUUAAAACCAAAAUGUCGCGGGGCUCAAGUGCAGGUUUCGAUCGUCACAUCACCAUCUUCUCUCCAGAGGGUAGACUCUACCAAGUUGAGUAUGCUUUCAAGGCCAUAAACCAAGGUGGUCUCACGUCAGUAGCAGUCAGAGGUAAAGACUGUGCAGUAGUCGUCACACAGAAGAAAGUACCAGACAAGCUACUGGAUUCCUCCACAGUCACUCACCUGUUCAGGAUAACGGAGAACAUUGGCUGUGUGAUGUCAGGGAUGACAGCGGACGGCAAGUCCCAGGUCCAGAGAGCACGCUACGAGGCAGCAAACUGGAAUUACAAGUAUGGUUAUGAGAUCCCAGUGGACAUGCUAUGUAAGAGGAUCGCUGACAUCUCUCAGGUGUACACACAAAAUGCUGAGAUGAGGCCACUGGGAUGCUGCAUGAUAGUGAUAGGUGUGGAUGACGAAUGUGGUCCCCAGGUGUAUAAGUGUGACCCUGCUGGAUACUACUGUGGCUUCAAGGCCACCGCUGCAGGGGUCAAACAGACAGAGGCAACCAGCUUCCUGGAGAAGAAGGUUAAAAAAAAACUUGACCUGACCUUUAAAGAAACUGUCGAGACCGCCAUCACCUGUCUGUCUACAGUCCUGUCCAUUGAUUUCAAGCCCUCUGAGCUGGAGAUAGGAGUCAUCGCAACAGAAGACCCUAAAUUCAGGAUUCUGACAGAGUCUGAGGUGGACACCCACCUGGUGUCCCUAGCGGAAAGAGAUUGAGCCCAGAAAAACUACAGAGGCCCAGAGAGAUGUGUAAGGCCCAGUCAGAGAAUUGUGGGAUUUGUAGUCCCCAAGUUGAAGAAUGGUGUUAUUCCUUGUUUGCUGUACAUUUGCCCCCUGUUCCAUAAAAAAAAAAAAGUUAAAUAUCCAGUUUUGAUGAAUUUGUUUUCAGGUUGAUCGCUCAAUGCCAGAACAGGUUUUCACUCCGGCACUAGGUUAACAGACUGCACAAUAUUUUCUGUGUGUAUUAUUCCACCUUGUAUUUUUGAAGUUUAAACCCUUUUCUAAUGUAGGCUUAUGCCAUUUUUAUUUUUGUAAUACAAAAAAAAUGUAUUCUCAAUGUGUGAUCAUAGAUUUGACUGAAUUAUGUGCACCAUGCCUUGGUUAUAUGACCUAGUACAAACUUGAAAAUGUUUGUACCUAAAUUGGGUAACCUGACUGAGACUUUGAACAUUGCUGCAGAGUAAAACAUUGACUUCCUGUUGUGGUUCUGCUCAUUUAAUCACAUGACAUACUAUUGAAGAGCUGUGGUGAAGGUUCUUUACUACAAUCAGUCAAAACUGGUUGUGACCUGUUUGCCUCCUUGUAUCAUUGUUUUUUUUUUUGCAUUUUCCAUUUCCUUCAAGUCAGAAAUAAAAUGCACCUCUGGUGACAAUCAAAAGGCAAACUGACUUGAGAGAAGUGUGCAAUAUUUCUAUGUGAUGAGGGAAUUGGGAAAUAUCACAUCAAAUUAGGUUUAUAUAAUAGAGGCCAAAAGACUAAUCUGAAGUCUCAGCAUUUGUUUUACUGGCCCAUCAUGUUAGUUCUAUGUCCAGAGGAUAUGAAUAGAUCACAUGCAGAGAUAUUGGAACUGUUGUGUCUUUGGGUGAGGCUGAGUCAGAUUCCUUAGGAAAUCCCCUGAGAAUCCAGAGGUUAAUAGGCCAACUGACAUUUGGCUCACAGCAAAUAGGCUGCAAUUAGAGGUUCCAUUUUACACUCCCAUUAUAACAGUAGCCAAGGACCAUAUCUUUCUCUAUCACUGAUUAUAAUAGUGUGCUAAUGGGAGAAAGGGUUGUGGAAGAUACAUGAGUCAGUCUGUCCAGGACGAUAAAUUGUUUAGUUUGAGCAAUAAAAGCUUUUGCAAUUUC